AUGGUGCAUCCCAUAUCGCAGUUGGUUCCGUACAUCGACUCGGCGCAGAUCGUGGUAAAGAGGAGGGGCUCCGCGAUAUACACCAUGUAUCCGACUGCGAAGGUUAUCCAAAAUGAUUCCGGAGGCGACUGUGUCCAAGAUGUGCACCUACUGUACGAAUUCCCCACCAGUACCGAAUGCAGAGUCGUGACCGGAUCUCUAUCGACAGCGACUGUGAUGGACGACUUCCUACCCGCGUACACCCUCAUGGCGACCUCCGUCUCUGAGUUCGUGUAUACGACCAUGGACACGACCUGCGUCAUGGCGAACCUCGUUGGACUUGCUUGCGUAAUGAUCGAACACGUACUGGACCAUGGACAACGAGUGGUCAUUCGACGACUCGAGCAAACCGGAGCUGCAGAGCGCGAAACGCCCAUGGAGUCGAAGGAAUACCUCUCGGCGCUCAUGAGGCAAAGGGGAGUCCCGAGCUUGGACUGCUUCACGGAGUCGAUAGUGUCCUCGUUCAAGGUGGGCAUGGGCUGCAGUCCGGUCGUCGAAGGUACGCUCAGGAAGCUCAUACCGGUGUGCAGAUGGCAAAGCAAGAACGUUCUGGUUACGAUGUGGACACUGGAGCCGGUUGUGUCGAGCGUGAUCAUAUCGGGCAUCCUUCCGGGAUCCAGCAUAUUCUUCGGAGUGCACUCGAGAGGAUCGAGGAUUUCGCACAUGAUGCUGACUCCAGAGUUAGUUACCCUGAUAUCCGCGUAUUCGAGGAGGAUCUGCUCCAUGUCGGGCGUGACCUCGUCGGUAGCUACGAGCUCGUUUACCAAGCUGAAGUUCCAGCCCAACCUCAGCACGGGCACGGCCACGUCUCUCACCUUGUUCGGAAACGGGUCCAUGCAACUGUGUGGGUCACCCAAGGACAUGCAGGGCAUGUGUUCCGUCAUGGUAGAGACUGUGAAGGAGGUCAUGGAGUCGGAGCCUGCGCUGUUUUUGGAGACUAUGAGGAGAGCGGAUACGCCUGCAUUAUAG